GAAGUUUGUUUAAUGAGGAGGGGGAAAACAUGAAAUUCUUACGUAAGGUCGUUCAACACUAGUCGUGUCGUCAGUAUCGAUUGGAUCUUCAAUUGGAUAGUAUCGUUCUUGUUCAAUAUUGCUAGUACUAACUGAUAAUAGUAAAGUAUUAUUUAAUUAAUUAUUAAUAAAUAAUAAUAAUAGUAUCUUGGAAUAAUUAUUAAGAUAAAGAUAAAUAUUUUAUUGAUGCAAUAAUGGUGCACUACAAAUUAUCUUAUUUCGAUGUAAUGGGCUUGGGCGAGCCAAUAAGAUUCUUGCUAAGCUAUGGUAGCGCCAAAUUUGAAGAUAUUCGUAUUGGUCGCGACGAAUGGUUGAAAUAUAAACCAGAUACUCCAUUCGGUCAGAUGCCAAUUUUAGAAUUCGACGGUAAAGUUUAUUCGCAAACAAUACCAAUUUGUCAAUACUUAGCGAAGAAAUAUAAUUUAAAUGGUAAAACAGACUUGGACGAUCUACAGAUCAAUGCUAUUGCUUCUGCGCUUCAUGAUCUCAGAAAACAAGUAGCACUUUUCUAUAGAGGCACUGAUCCCGUUGAAAAGGCCAAAAAAAAGGAAGAAGUUUUGUCUACAAUUUUACCAUUUUAUUUGAAAAAAUUAGAAGAACUGGCACGUAAUAAUGGUGGUUAUUUACAUGGCGGUCGGCUGAGUUACGCCGAUUUAUUCUUCGUGGCUAUUUCGGAUUCAAUUAACAAUGCUUGCGAGUUAGAUAUUACCAAGGAUAAUCCUAAUCUAAAAUCUCUCAAAGAGAAGGUACUUGCAAUUCCAAAAAUAAAAGAAUGGGUUAACAAGAGACCUAAAAAUGACUUUUAAAUAUUUUUCAUAAUUUCCAAUUUAUUAUUAUCACGCAAGCUUUAUUAUAUUUUUUACAACAUAUUGUAUAGCUGCGAUAAUAAAAUAAUUACAUUUAUCAAUA